AAAAAGGUGUUUUUGUGAGCAGUCGUGACAAAUGAAAAGAAAAAAUAUUUCAGAACGUCUCAGUCGUGGAUCGAAUGGCAAGAAGAAAAGUUCUUGAGUGAAAAGUCUUCUUCUCGAAGCGAAGCCUAAAGUUUCUUCUCUUUCUUAUUGCGUAAGGUGAUUAUCGAACGGUUAUGAUUGAAUCGAAACGUUGAACGCCUACGCAAUUUUUACGUAAAUUAAUUUGGACGCAAAAACAAAAAGCAAAAAUUCAGGAGUUAGCAGAGGAAUCCACAACACAAAAAUUUAUAUUUUAAAAGCGGUUGAAUCGGUGUUCAAUAAUAAAAUGUUCAAGUAACUAAAAGUCAAAGAAAUAAAGACACAAAUAAAUUUGCAAAUGUGCAAACAGUGUGUGGGUGGAAAAUUUACAUGAAUUUCAUAUGAUUCAAUCUGAUUUCUCAUCCUAAAAAGAUCGUGAACGGUGAAAAAAAGAUUUUUCCUACGAAAACAAAAUCAUUAGUUGAUGUGUAACAGCAACAGGUUGGAUUCUGUUUGAGUGAUCACGAAACUAUUUUUUUGUUAUUUCAUAUCAUAAAAAAAGAAUAUUUUUGAAGUUCUUGGAAAAGUUUCAAAGACUGUGGAAAGGAAAUAUAAAAAAAAUGUUUAAAAAAUAUGUGCUAAAAGUGAGUAAUACAUUGGGCACGAUAAAUUACAUGAAGCCAAGCAAAUCGUCUUCAUGUCAUUCGUCAACAAACGACGAAGAUCGAAUUGGUUGUACAUGUGGUUGCAAUUUCAAUUCAAUGGAUGUUAAUCGGAAUUUAUUUAUCGAAAAUUAUUUAAUUGGACGCGAUGGAUCAAAGCUGAGAACAUCAAGCUUGUCAACAGAUGAGACGUUCAAUGAAACUUAUUCGAGAAAAAAUAAUGUCCGUCGAAAGUCAUUUAUUGAGACACGUUGUGAUGAUCGACUGAGAAUCAACAGAAAUGUCUUGUUUGAUGAUAAUUAUAAGAAAAAGGAUAUAAAAGAUCGCGCUGUAGCACGACACAAGAUAUCUGUGAAUAUUCGUCGAAGUUCCGAUGAUGACAUCGACUAUUACACGAUGGACGAUGAGAAAAGUCUCGGUUGUGAUUUCAUUGAAACUUCAGCGCCAACACUUAAGAAGAUUAACAAUAACUUAAGGGAAUUUGAGGAUUUCGAGUGGUUCCACGGUAAUUUAUCCGGACGUGAUGCCGAAAAGCUAAUACUCGAACGUGGUCGCAAUGGAUCAUUUCUCGUACGCGAAUCUCAAUCGAAACCUGGUGAUUAUGUGUUAUCCGUGCGUAACGAUGAUAAAGUAACGCACGUUAUGAUACGAUGGCAGGAUAAUAAAUACGACGUGGGUGGUGGUGAACAAUUUGCAACACUCAGUGAACUCAUUGAACAUUAUAAAAAGAAUCCCAUGGUGGAAACAUCAGGAACUGUCGUGAAUCUACGACAUCCAUUUAAUGCAACUCGCAUUACAGCGGCCAGUAUUGACGCUCGUGUUGAAAUUCUUCAACGUGAACAUGGGCCGGGAUCGUGUUUUGGUAAAGGUGGCUUUUGGGAAGAGUUCGAAUCGUUGCAACAACAGGAAUGUCGACACUCGUUUUCACGUCAUGAAGGGCAGAAGUUGGAAAACCGCUGCAAAAAUCGUUAUAAAAACAUUUUACCUUUCGAUCAUACUCGAGUCAUAUUAAAAGAUGUCGACAGUUCAUCACCCGGUGCUGAAUAUAUCAAUGCAAAUUAUAUUCGACCACUUGAAGGCGAUCAAAAUGCUGAUCUAACAUCAAUGGCUUCACUUGAAAAUCUUAACACGUCGUAUGCGACACUCACCAAUCACAGUGGCAGUGGUGGCAAUGCAGGAAAGUGCGGAAAUUGUUUACUUUUGAACAAGAUUUGCGUUCAAUGUGCCAUUGAUGGUGGAAGUGUUGGAAAUAAUAAGCACAAACGAAAUGAAUCGAUAUCAUCAAUUAGAAGUAACUUAAGUGUGAUGACGACGUUGACGUGUGCCAAGAAAAAUGAUGAUUUUAUUAGUAAAACUUACAUCGCUACACAAGGAUGUUUGCCUAAUACAAUUGUAGAUUUUUGGAGUAUGAUUUGGCAAGAGAAUACUCGAGUGAUUGUGAUGACAACGAAGGAAAUUGAAAGAACAAAAAAGAAGUGCGAGAAAUAUUGGCCAGAUCCGGGACAACAACAAGAAUGGGGACAUGCUAAAGUCACCUGUCUCACUGAAACAUCAACCAAUGACUACACUUUACGUGAGCUUUUAUUCUCGUGGCGUGGGCGUGAAGAACGAAAAAUAUUUCAAUAUCAUUUCCUUGUAUGGCCUGAUCAUGGCGUUCCAACUGAUCCCGGCUGUGUACUCAACUUUCUUCAAGACGUUAAUGCACGUCAAGAGCAGUUGAUGAGUGAUGGAAUUAAUCCUGGACCAAUUUGCGUACAUUGCUCAGCUGGUAUUGGACGAACUGGCACGUUCAUUGUGAUAGACAUGAUUCUCGAUCAAAUCGAUCGCGAAGGUCUCGAUUGUGAGAUUGAUAUUCAUCGAACCAUACAAAUGGUGCGUUCACAACGUUCUGGUAUGGUUCAGACAGAAGCUCAAUAUAAAUUUGUUUAUUAUGCUGUUCAACAUUACAUUCAAACGAAGCUUCAAAGAAAGCGAGCUGAACAACAAAGUGCACAACUUGGACGUGAAUAUACAAAUAUUAAAUAUGAUGACGUUAUUCGAAGUCCACAACUACAGCAAUCGAUCAGUCAAAUGAGUUUGUAUAACAACAGUAACUCGUAUCAAUCUUCGGGUAUUAUUGAGCCAUUGCCGUUUCAUCAUCGUCCGGUGCCCAUUCCACCAGCACGAUCACUCAUCUCUGAUUAUAAUUCGUCAACUUAUGAGAACUUAGAUGAAAUUCCACCACGUCCCAGGAAAUCUUGACAAAUUAACAUCUAAAGUUUGAGUCAUUCAUUCAUCAACAGCAUGGAGUAAAAGCCAACCCAGUUUCAUCUUAUUAAUUAUUUACUUUUAAGUUUUAUUUUAUUUCUUUGUGCAUGAAACCAAAACCAAAAUAGAAUCAUUUUAAUAAUUUAAUUUUAAUUUCACAUUUAAGUCAUGAACACACAUCUUAUUAUCACUCAAAGUGCAUGUAAUUAAAUUUUAUUUUUUAAAAAAAGGAAAAUAUGAAAAGAUUUUAAUUAAUUAUUAAGUUUUGCUUCUCAUCCGGAUGUGAGAGAUGAAAAGCUAAUGAAAGUUUUGUUGGCGGAAUGCAAUUUUAAAUUUUCUUUUUUAAUUUUAUUUGACUUUUUUUAAACAUGAUUAAGAAAUGUUGCAGUUGAAUUGAAACGAAUUUAGACCUCGAAGGAUAUUCCGAAACUCAAAAUUAUUUCUUAGGAAUCAACUGCAUUCAUUGCUAUUUACUAUUUAAUUAACUAUCAUCCCUCGAAAAAUUAAAAAAUCUCUUUGUGAAGUCUUGUGAUUAUAAUUAUGAUUAUUAAAAUAUCUUUAAAGUUUUCUUUUUAAAAAUAUUUCAAUAAUUUCAAGUAAAAUUAAAUUCGAAACAAAGCAAACGUCAACAGUUUUAGAUAUUCAAAAGAAAAUUCAUUCAUUGCUUUCAUUAGUGAGGAAAUGUUUCUGUGAAAAUGAUGCCUCGGAUAUUAUGAAAAAGAAAAAUUAUCAUCUAAAUUUUCUGUCUAAACAAUUUACAUUUACAUUGAAUUAUCAAUCAUAAGUCAAUUUGAAGUCGUUUUCAAUGUAAAACUUCUGCUUUUUUUCUUGAGUUGUAUUGUCGUUCAUUUAAAGAAUCUACUUCCUAAAAACAAAAAAAAACUAACCAGUAUAAAGAUAAAAAUGAAGAAUUUUAAGACUUAAGCUCCCUUCUAAAGAAAGAAAAAUAGAAAGAAUGAAGAAAUUUUAUUGAGGCCAGUGAAGUGACAUGUUAAAUGUUACAUUUAAUUAAGAAUGAUGAGAAUUAAAAAUCCUGAAAGUUACAAAUCCACAACAUUUAUAUUUUAUAAGGAACUUUUCGUCGGUUAAGUCACAUUGUAGAGUUGAUUUAAACUGCACGAUCGUUUCCAACUACUUCCAUCUCAAGACGAAGGAAAGAAAAUAUAUUUUGACAGUAGAUUUAUUCUUCUCCCCUUUAUAAAGAAAACCAAAAUGGCUUUAAAUGUUUAGUAGUCCACAACAUUAAUUAAUAAAUAUUUGAUUGUAUCACAAACUCUAGAAGUUCAUGAAAAUGUUUGAAAAAAAGAAACAAGAAAGGAAGAAAAGAAAAGUUGACUAUGAAAAUGUGGAAAUAAAAAUAUUCAAUUGAAAAAA